AGACAGCCCCGGCGGGAGGGCGGAGGGAGAGAGAAAGAUGGCGGCCUCCUUGUGGCUCACCCGCUGCAGCCGAGGAGCGGCCAAGCUGUGGCUGGGCAGCAAUGUAUCCCGAGGGGUCCUGCGUUGUCCGCCUCGGGAGACGCAGGGGAGAUUUCUUCACAGGACUCAUGAGCUGCUGGGUACUCCUGCUGUAAAAAUUCUCAUGCCGGCCUUAUCACCAACGAUGGAAGAAGGAAACAUAGUGAAAUGGCUGAAAAACGAAGGAGACACAGUGAAUGUUGGAGAUGCGCUUUGUGAAAUUGAAACUGAUAAAGCAGUGGUUACCAUGGAGUCAAGUGAUGAUGGCAUAUUAGCUAAAAUCAUGGCACAGGAAGGCAGUAAAAGCGUGCAAUUGGGUACACUAAUUGGCUUGCUGGUAGAAGAAGGGCAGGACUGGAAGCAAGUAGAAAUACCAUGUGACAUUGGUGAGGCACCCUCAUUGUCUGGACCACUGGCAACAACUCCUGUCCCUAUCCCAUCACCUUCUGUCGCCUCGCUAGAUAAAGCAGAACAGCAUCCUAAAAAACUGCAGUUUCGCUUAAGUCCUGCUGCCCGCAAUAUUCUGGAGUCCCAUGGACUUGAUGCAAGCCAUUGCACACCCUCAGGUCCUCGAGGGAUUUUCACUAAAGAGGAUGCCCUUAUGCUUAUCGAGCAGAAACAGAAAGGAAAACCCUUGGAAGGAAAGCCAGUGGUUUCUUCUCUCCCUUCACAGCAAGUUGGAGUGCCUUUAACACCAUCAGCAGCUGGGAAACCAACUUCUGCUGCGCGUCCUCCAGCUCCACCGGUUUCUGUGCCAGGACGGCCUCCUUCCACGGGCACAUUCACUGAGAUCCCUGCAAGCAACAUUAGAAGAGUUAUUGCUAAGAGAUUAACAGAAUCGAAAACAACUGUCCCUCAUGCAUAUGCAACUGCUGAUUGUGACCUUGGUGCAGUUCUGAAGCUAAGGCAAGAGCUGGCAAAAGAUGAUAUUAAAGUGUCAGUAAAUGAUUUCAUUAUUAAAGCAACUGCAGUUACCCUCAAACAAAUGCCAGAUGUGAAUGUGACCUGGGAUGGUGAGGGCCCCCGGCAGCUGCAGUCUAUAGACAUCUCUAUUGCUGUGGCAACAGACCGAGGUCUCAUUACACCAGUCAUAAAAGAUGCUGCAGCCAAGGGAGUUCAGGAAAUUGCUGCAUCUGCAAAGGCUCUCGCAAAGAAAGCAAGAGAUGGAAAAUUGCUUCCAGAAGAGUACCAAGGAGGCUCUUUUAGCAUUUCAAAUCUGGGCAUGUUUGGCAUCAGUAGCUUCAUCGCAGUCAUAAAUCCUCCUCAAGCCGGUAUCUUAGCUGUAGGACGAGCUCGGCCAGAACUUGCACUUGUGGUGGAUGAGGAAGGCAACGAGAAGCUUCAUCAAUAUCAACUUAUGACAAUUACACUGUCAAGUGACGGCCGAGUAGUGGACGAUGAACUAGCCUCAAAAUUUCUGGAAAAACUGAAGACUAAUUUGGAAAAUCCCUCCCGUCUUGCCUUGAGUUAAAGUGGUCAAGAUUCUGCCUUUAUCUUGGCAAACUAUGGGAACUGAACUACAGAAGAAGAUAAAGUGAGGAAGAAAAUAGUAUUACAUGAACAAUUAAAUAGUUUAUUUAUUUGAAUUAACUUGAAAGAUUUCUUGGCUACUAUAUGCUAAGAUAUUGUUAAAUAAUUGAAUUGAUAAAACUGUUUAAGAGCAUUUGCACAAUACAUUCAAAUACAUAGUGUGGUUGUUUCAGAUGUGAGUAUUUUGGAUAAGACUUCGUGGAUUUGUCUGCAUAAACAAUUUUAAAAGGGAACAAAUUUGUCCAUUUUUUCAGGGCUAAACUUUAUCUGAGGGAAGGCAAAAUGUCUUCUUUGUCUAGCCAGCCUUAGAAGUCAGUAAACUAUUAGUCAGCAUCAGUAUUGCUGCUGUUUCAAAGAGAAAAAGCUGCUCCAAUUAGAACAAUCAACUAUAAUAAUCCAAGAACUGUAUAAAGAACUUUUCCUGUUGUUUCCUUGCUUACAAUAGAUAUUCAAAUAUGUUAAAUAGUUAUGAAAAGUAAACGUGCCCCAGUGGCCAGGACUAAAUUAUAAAGUCAGGGAAACAGAUAGUAGUAUUUCAAAACAAUUCAGUGACUUAAUUACUAACUUCGAUACAUACAUACACAUCAAACUUAAACAAAGCAUUUAAAUUUCCAAUACUUGUCUUCCCAUAGUUUCCUGAUCAUUAUUACUUUGACCUUUUUACUGAGGCCCUGCCCAUAGUUAAAGCUUUCCCAAUCUCCUUGGCGUGUAUUAGGAUCUAGCCAGAUUAUACUAAGUGUAUCCCUAAUUCGUACACUCUAAAUAACACAUAUUACACACAGUGGUAUCAGUCUGUGGAUUGGAAAAAUACAGAUUUGGUUAUGUGUAAUGGAGCUAGUGAAAAGCAACUUCCCAUGGCAACCCCGCCAACCCAAGGUUCCUUAGCUGUAUGGGCCUAUGCCUCUGUACUAUAGCCUCCUAUGUUUACAAGGUCCUUGACUGUAUAACACUUUUAGGAAGCUGGAGGAUCUCCUUUAUGGAAGCUAAAGAAGAAGACCACAUCUGUCAGUCUUUUUGUACAUGCCUAAAUUGAGUACCACUCUCAUAUCCUCGCUUGGAUUGUCUUUUCUGCUCUUUAGCAGGUUGAAUCAGAUCGGAGCAGGCUAGAAGAAAUUGUUCCUUACAAAAGAUAUAAACCAUUAGAGAAGACCUGUAAGUAGUUAUACAUACAUAUUUAAUAUUCUUACACUAAGAUGAAGCUCUAAUAGGAAUAAAAGUGAAAAACCAAAAAUACAAAAUAAAGUAAUUUGCUAAUGACAUUAUCGUAAUGUCGGAAGAUCCAAUGAAGAAAUUUCUUAAAAUGAGACACCAGGUUAACCAAUUUGAACUAGUUGUUGGACUCUCAAUUAACGCAAAACAAAAAUAUUAGCAGCAAAGUUAAAUAACAAAGAAAGAGAAUUAAGACAGAAGACAAAAAUUGAAACGUAUAAGUGAUUGAUUGCAGAAAGUCUAUUUAUGGAGUGGGUUGCAUUUUUAAUUAUGCCUUAAAAAUAAAUCUUUUGAAUCUACUAUAUUGCCAGACAUUAUCAAAUAAAAGAGAACUAUCUUUUUUAAACAAAUCCUGACAAUAUGGUUCUCAUGGUGCUAAUUGACAUAUAUAACACAAUAUUUUAUCUGCCGUCUAACAUAGGUUACACUUGAGUGCUUCAAAUUAGUUAAAUACUCAUAUAUCUUUGUACACAAUUUCUGACAUGGCAAUUGCUCCUAUGUAGAUAAUGAAACAAAUUGGUGUAAAUGUAAUUUGAUGUGCAAUGAAUAAACAUAUAUGACUCUUUCUGUA